AUGCCAAGGCUCUUAGGUGAGAUAUCAGAUGGCAAAAAUGAUGCAUUAGCCAGAGGGCGUGCCUGGAUUUUAUCUCAUGGAAGUGCAACUGCGGCGCCUCAAUGGGCAAAGAUAUGGCUCUCGGUAAUCGGUGCAUACGACUGGUCCGGAAACAAUGCAAUCAUUCCUGAAUUGUGGAUGGCACCCCAUUUUCUUCCAUUUCAUCCAGCAAGAUUUUGGUCCUUUGCUCGCAUGGUUUACAUGCCAAUGGCUUAUCUUUAUGGGAAAAAAAUUGUUGGACCGAUAACUCAAACUAUACUGGAAAUAAGAGAGGAAUUGUACAACAUCCCCUACAAUGAGGUUGACUGGAACAAGGCCCGUGAUUCAUGUGCCAAGGAAGACCUUAAGUACCCUCGUUCACCUGUACAACAUAUAGUUUGGACAUGUCUAAACAAGAUUGUGGAGCCAAUGUUGAAUGUUUGGCCAUUCAAUAAGCUAAGGGCUAUAUCAUUGAGCAACCUCAUGAAACAUAUAUACUAUGAGGACGAAGCUACUUACCACAUUGGUUUAUGUCCAAUCAACAAGGCAUUGAAUAUGAUAUGCUGCUGGGUAGAAAACCCAAAUUCGGAUGCAUUCAGGGCACAUCUUCCUAGGAUUUAUGAUUAUUUGUGGCUUUCUGAAGACGGCAUGAAGGCACAGGUAUAUGAUGGGUGCCAAAGCUGGGAAACAGUUCAAGCUAUUUUCUCCACAGAUUUGAUUGACGAGUUCGGGUCAACUCUUAAGAAAGCUCAUGAAUUUCUAAAAAAUUCACAGGUUCUUCAUGAUCUUCCUAGACACCAAAACUACUAUCGUGAUAGAUCCAAAGGUUCAUGGACUCUUUCAACAGCAGACAAUGGUCGGUCAGUUCCUGAUUCUACUGCAGAAACAAUCCAGGCAUUGUUGUACCUGUCUAAGGUUUCUGCUGACAUAGUUGGGCUUCCAAUAAAGGAGGAAAGAUUGCAUGAUGCCAUUGAUUGUCUACUCUCUUAUGUGAACGAAGAUGGUACAUUCUCUUCAUCUGAAUCAAAAAGAACAGCUUCGUGGACAGAGGUCCUCAAUCCUUCUGAGAGUUUUCGGAACAUUGUUGUUGAUUAUCCACAUGUCGAGUGCACAUCAUCGGCAAUGCAAUGCUUUAUAUUGUUCAACGAGUUAUACCCGGAGUAUCGUGCUGAAGAGAUAAAGAAAUGCAUAAAGAAAGCAGCUAUAUUUAUCGAGAACCAACAAAGCAAGAAUGGCUCAUGGUACGGCACUUGGGGUGUUUGCUUUACUUAUGGUGCCUUCUUUGCCAUAAAAGGAUUAGUUGCUGCCGGAAGAACUUAUGAUAACAGCAUACACGUGAGGAAUGGAUGCAACUUCCUCAUAUCAAAGCAACUUAGUGGCGGUGGAUGGGGUGAGAGCUACCAUUCGAGUGAAAAUGAGGACUAUGUCCACAGUGCGAGUCCACAUGCAGUAGGCACUGCUUGGGCGAUGCUAGCUUUAAUUUAUUCUGGGCAGACUGAGCGGGAUCCAGAACCCCUAUAUCGUUCCACAAAACAACUGAUCAAAAUGCAGAUGGAAACUGGUGACUUCCCCCAACAAGAACAUGUUGGGUGUUUCAAUUCCUCCCUUUACUUCAACUACCCGAACUACCGGAAUUUAUUCCCCAUCUGGGCUCUAGGAGAAUUCCGCUGCCGACUUCUUGGAAUGAAGAAGUGA